GUGGUCAUAGUACUGUUUAUUCUGCUGAAUACGGUGGAACAAAGAUUGCAGUUAAAGAACUCAUACAUACCGAUAUCAGAACAAUUGUUAAUGAGCUUACUAGUGGAAUUCGACCUUUUUUUACAGUUUAUAAUAAGGCAUCUUUACAUUUAAGUAUUUCACAAGGCAGACGAGAGAAAACGAUUCCCGGCACACCUUCAAGAUAUGCAAAAAUUUAUAAGAAAUGUUGGAAUACUGAUCCGAAAAAACGUCCGGAAUUAGAUGAAAUUUUACCUAAAAUUCAAAAAUUAAGGGAAGCAACAAAAUUCAUUUUAAUGAAAUAUUCGCCUA